AUGUCAACGCCUAAACAGCCCGACAGCGCUGAGCCCCAGGCUUCUGCUCCCGCCCAUAAUGCCGCCCACCAAAACCCAUCGUCCGACAUGUUCGAGCUCAACGAGAAGAAAGACUACGACGCGUCCAACUCCCCCGUCUCUGAUGAAGACGCCCACAAGGAAAUCGGCGUGGGCAGAGUCGAGGCCUUCAACAAGGUGCUCUACCAGUCUGGCAAGAAGGGCAAGAUCUUGCUCUGGCUGCUCGGUGUCUCCAUUGGUUUGACCAUGUUCGCCUACGCCCUCGACAUGGGUAUCACCACCACCAUAUUCGGCACUCUGGCUGCCUCGACCUUUGGGCUUCACAGUCAGCUUGGAACGGUCAACACAGCUGGUCAGAUCAUCCGUGCUAUCAGCAAGCCUUUUAUCGGAAAGCUUGCCGACAUCACCUCUCGACCUACUACCUACGUCGUCGUUCUCGUCUUCUACGCUGUGGGUUUCGCCGUCGCAGCCAGCGCAAACAACUUCACUGCCUAUACGGUCGGUAUCUGUUUUACCUCUGUUGGCAAAUCAGGUCUUGAUCUUCUCAGCGAUAUCAUCGUCGCUGACUUGACGCCUUUGGAAUGGCGAGGCUUCUUCGGCGCCUGCCUCUCUCUGCCCUUCAUUGUGACGGUGCCUAUCAAUGGCUUCAUCGCUGAUGGCUUCUUCGACGAUUGGCGAUGGGGUCUCGGCAUGUUCGCCAUUCUUGUCCCCGUUCUUCUCCUUCCUGCCAUCUUCACCCUCUACACGAUGCAGCGCCGUGGUGAGAAGGCUGGUAUGGUCACUAUGGCUGACUCCAAGGACGUGCGAGUGGGUCGCUCUGAGGCCACACCCAAGAACUUGACCUACUGGGCCAAGCUUGCGUAUCGAGGACUGAUUGAUAUUGACAUCGUCGGUCUUAUCCUCCUCGGUUUCGCCUUCUCCCUCAUCCUCUUGCCCAUUACCCUCGCUAAGAGCGCCAAGGGUGGAUGGCACAACCCCAGUAUGAUUGCUAUGAUUGUCAUUGGCUUUGUCAUUCUUAUUCUGUUUGGCUUGUACGAGUAUUACCUCGCUCCCAAGCCCCUCAUGACCAAGAGCAUUCUCCAGAACCGUGCUUUCAUCGCAGGUGUCAUCAUUCACAUCUUCAACCAGAUGUCCUCAUCUAUCCGAAACACCUACUUCUCGUCGUACAUUCUCAUCAUCAAGGAGUGGACCACCUACCAAUGGACCAUCUUCUUGGGCAUCACUACCAUGGGUCUCUGCCUGGUCGGUCCCAUCGUUGGUCUGCUCCACCGUGUCUCUCAUCGUUACAAGAAUCUCAUGAUCUUUGGUGCUGCCACAAAGAUCCUCGGCUAUGGUCUUCUCAUCAACCCUGACGGAGUGAUGACACAGGGUACUGCUCGUCUCGUUGCAGCGCAGCUCAUCUUCUGUCUUUCUUCACUCAACGUCGUCGGUGCCCGAGUUGGUGUUCAAGCUUCAGUACCACACGACGAUGUUGCCUCGCUCAUUUCUAUCAUCACCCUCUGGUCCACCUUGGGAUCCAGCAUUGGCAGCGCUGUCGCCACCAGUAUCUGGACUGAGCAAAUGGUCGCUCAGAUGCACACUGAAAUGCCAGACGUCGACAGCACCACCAUCGCUACUAUCUACGGCAACAUCAAGACGCUCAAGACUUACGAAUACCUCGACCCCAUCCGUCAAGGAUCCAUUCGAGCCUACGCUAUUGUGAACGGCCACAUCACCAUUUGCUCUAUCUGCCUCUCUUGCAUCCCUCUGUUUGCCUCUUUCUUUAUGCCCAACUUUUACCUUGGCAAGCAGCAGAACGCCGUCAACAACAAGGGUCUCGAUGGAGAGGUUGUCGAUGUGCCAGGUCAAAACGCAGGCAAGGACGCAACCACUACCCAGUCGGAGCCUGCAACCUUCUGGCAGAAGAUGGCUGCUCUGUACCGCAAGUAA